AAAACUCAUCUAAUAUAUUGACAGAUUAAGAAAGACUGAAACUCCCAGAAACAAAAAGACAGCAAUCAGAUAGCAAGCAAUGGCUACCACAACAAUGACAACCUCAUUCCUAGGUGGCUCAGCCGUGGCCAUCUUCAAACCAGCCCCGACGACUGCCGGCCGCCGAGGGGUUGUGAUGGCCAAGGCCUCAAAGGUCACAGAAGUUGCCAACAGCAGCAAGGAAGAGGGCAACACAUUGAGGAGGGAUCUGGUGUUUGCUGCUGCAGCAGGAGCUGUGUGCUCCAUUGCGAAAGUGGCCAUGGCCGAUGAGCCGAAGAACGGGACCCCGGAAGCCAAGAAGAAGUAUGCCCCAAUCUGCGUGACAAUGCCGACCGCCCGAAUCUGUCGCAAGUGAGGAUUGUUGUGUUCAUGAUCAAUGCUUAAUUUGUUGUAUUGUAUGGUCUGAGAGUAGAUGAAUGUUGUACAAUUUCCUACUAGACAUUUAUUUUAUAUAGAAAACCAUGUUUGUUA